AAAAGAUUCUAUAUUUUGAGUCAAUCUUCUUUCUGCCAGGAGCUUCAUCUGUGGUACUCUGGAAUUAUAGCUUGUCAAUACACUGAUGAAAGUUCUCAUGUCUUUUAAAGUUUUAUUAAUAAUAUUUUUUCUUAUAUAAAUUAUUUUCUUGACUCUAUUCAUUUCAUUACCCAUCACUUCAUGCAAAUCAUAAUUUCUUAUGGUACAAUCAUUUUUCCAUUACAUUCUUAUACUAUGUUCAACCAAACUCUAAUAGAUAGGCAUUCUCUUAAUUGCCAGUAUUUUUGCUAUUACAAAAAAGACUUUGAGCAGUCUUCUGAAGACAGGGAGAGAAGAAAAAGGUGUAUAGGAAUAGGAUUUAGGGAGUUUUUCUGUGACAAAGUCUUUGGUUGGAUGGAUGGCAAAAGGUUUAUGCUGACGUCCUUGAGGUUCUGGUCUAGAGGCAAAGGGUGGAGUUGUGGUCUAGACCUGGUCUCAUGGAUGUAGUGUGGACUUUUGGGGUUGAAAUGGGUAGGUAUCUUACCAGGCUACUUCCUACUUCUAUUUCUAGAUAAAUAUGUCCUUGAGGCAACAGUUCUGAGUGGUAACUGAGCAAGUAGCCCAAGCCAGGAUGAAGGAAAAUGAGAUGGAUACACAAGUGGCUCAUUUCACAGUAGACAAUCAGGAUAUCUCCCUCUGGUCCCGAGAUCCUCCUCCAAAAAAGGAAUCUCCUACAGAACCGAGGACCUUGCCCUCUGUCUACGUGUUUAUUAUUUUAUUGGCACUGGGUCUGGUUGCCUCCCUUCUGGCCACAUUCAUUCUCUAUCCCCAGUUACUGGGAAGGAUAGAUGAUAUCAAGACCUCUGUUCACAUGCUCAAAGGUCAUGCAGAGAAUGCCAGUGUCUUUCUCAGUUCUGAGAUCAAGACACUAAGAAACAAAUUGAAGGAUUCCCAUACCCAGAUCCAGAUGUUAAAUUUCAGCAUGGGAUAUUCAAAAGCUCACAUGCAUAUAUUAAAUGCCAUGUUGCAGGAGAACAGUAAUCACCUUCGGGAAUUAAUGAGCAAUUGGGAAGAACUUGAAAAUUUAAAUGCCCAGAUUCCAAUGCUGAAACAGGAUAUGAAGAAAACUGGAGAACUAAGUGCUAAGAUUGAGCAGCUCAGGAAGGAUCUGCAGAACUUGGGUGCAUCACUGUCACAGCAGCGUUAUAUUCUGGAAAUGGCCUCUCAAAACUGGAAAUUUUUUGAAGGGAACUUUUACUAUUUUUCUACCAUGAAAAAGUCUUGGUAUAGUGCUGAGCAGUUCUGUACCACUCAAGAUUCUCAUCUCACCUCAGUGACUUCAGCAAAAGAACAGGAGUUUCUUUAUAAGGUGGCCAAUGGAGUUCCUUAUUGGAUUGGCUUGACAAAAAUAGGAUCUUCUGGCACCUGGCACUGGAUUGAUGGAACUAUAUUUAUAGAGAGGGACAAUGCUCGGUUCUGGAUAAAGGGAGAACCCAAUGACAGUGGUCAAAAUGAACGCUGUGUAACUCUAGAGCAAACCUCUCUGAUGUCCUGGAAUGAUGUGACCUGUGACCGAGUGCUCCAGUUCAUUUGUAAGAAGGGCCCAAAGUCACCAGUGAUUGACUAGUUCCAUGGUGGAAGUCCACUUCAUUUUCUCAGCUCCCCCCAAACUUACCAUAAGGAUGAUGUUCCUUCCUCCAACAUCAACGGGGAUUUUUCUCCUUAGAUUAUUGU